AUGCACUUCCUGCCUGAGAAGCUCACUUCAGGAAGAAGAAAUAAUGGCGACGCUUAAGGGCUCCGAGAGCCACUCUACGGGGGCAAAACAAAGACAUUGCAAAAGUAAUAUCGUAAUCAAGUUGACGGAGAGUCAAAUCACAGGGCAGACUUUUAGUCGUGGGACACAGCUCCCAGGGGGUCUCCUUCAGGAGAGGGACACGCGGGCCAAAUGGCAAGGCAUUCCUUCAUUGCUACAGAAGCUCUACGAGAGCAGUCAUCCCAACAGUGACCUUGCCAAUGCCCAUGGCCUAGUUAAGGUGUUAUCAUCACAACUGUCCAUGGAGGCCAUGUCUUUUGUCACAGAGGACAGAAAGACUGCUCAGGAAUCCACCUUCCCCAACACGCACACCUUUGACCUCUUCGGUGGAGUACAUCUGCUAGUAGAGAUCUUGAUGAGACCCACGCUAACUAUGCAGAAGAAAAAGCCCAAAAUGAAUGAUGAUUUGGUGAAAGACUGCCUUAGUGUUCUCUACAAUUGUUGCAUCUGUACGGAAGGUGUGACAAAAAGUCUGGCUGCUCGGGAUGACUUUGUUCUUUUCCUUUUUACUCUGAUGACGAAUAAGAAGACCUUCCUUCAGACUGCAACUCUCAUUGAAGACAUACUUGGAGUUAAGAAGGAGAUGAUCCAUUUAGAGAGCAUCCCAAAUUUGUCAGGACUUGUACAGAGUUUUGACCAGCAACAGCUGGCCAACUUCUGCCGCAUCCUGUCAGUCACCAUUUCGGAGCCUGACUUGGGCAACGACGACAAGCACACCCUGUUGGCAAAAAAUGCCCAGCAGAAACGCAACUCGAGUCCCUCGCGGGCAGAGGUCAAUCAGGUCACCUUGCUGAACAUCCCCGGAUUUAUCGAGCGUCUUUGUAAGUUGGCCACUAGGAAAGUGUCAGAGGCCACCGGGGCCAACUUCCUGCAGGAGCUGGAGGAGUGGUACACUUGGCUGGACAAUGCUCUGGUGCUGGACGCCCUCAUGCAGAUGGCGACGGAGGAGGCAGAACAAAGCAGCACAGAAUCAUCCGAUGAAAGCUCACUGGCUACCAGCCCACUGAGACAUCGUCUGCCCCCUUCUAUGAAAAUUGUCCAUGAGAUUAUGUACAAAGUUGAAGUGCUCUACGUGCUGUGUGUGCUUCUCAUGGGCCGACAGAGGAAUCAGGUUCACAGAAUGCUAGCUGAAUUCCGUCUUAUCCCAGGUCUUAAUAACCUGUUUGACAAGCUCAUCUGGAGGAAAUACACAGUAUCAAACCAUGUGGUGCACGGGCAGAAUGAGAACUGUGACUGUAGCCCGGAAAUCUCUUUCAAAAUCCAGUUUUUGCGUCUUCUCCAGAGUUUCAGUGACCAUCACGAGAACAAGUACCUCCUGUUGAAUAGCCAGGAGCUGAACGAACUGAGUGCCAUAUCCAUGAAGGCCAAUAUUCCUGAGGUUGAGGCUCUGGUCAACACAGACAGAAGUCUUGUUUGUGACGGCAAAAAGGGCCUACUUACACGCCUCCUCACCGUCAUGAAGAGGGAGCCUCCAGACUCAUCUUUCAGGUUCUGGCAAGCAAGAGCGGUGGAAAGUUUUCUGAGAGGUGCCACCUCCUACGCAGACCAAAUGUUUCUCCUGAAGAGAGGUCUAUUGGAGCACAUCCUGUUUUGCAUCAUCGACAGCGGCUGCACGUCCAGAGACGUCUUGCAGAGUUACUUCGAUCUGCUCGGAGAGCUCAUGAAAUUUAACAUUGAUGCCUUUAAAAGGUUUAACAAAUAUGUCAACACACCAGAGAAGUUCCAGGCUUUCCUGACACAGAUCAACAGUUCUUUAGUGGACUCCAACAUGUUGGUGCGCUGCAUCGUGCUGUCCUUGGACAGAUUUCAGAGCCAAACAGAAGAUGUUAAAGUAGUGGAGGUGCUCUCUGAGUGCUGUCUGCUGUCCUACAUGGCCCGAAUGGAAAACAGGCUGGCCUUCCUUUUCCGACUAGUCAACAUAAUCAACGUACAGACACUCACACAGGAGAAUGUGAGCUGUUUGAACACCAGUUUGGUUAUCCUCAUGUUGGCCCGCAGAAAGGCCAAACUGCCCUUUUACCUUAACGCCUUGCGUGAGAAAGAGUACGCUGAAAAGUACCCCGGCUGUCUGCUCAACAACUUUCGCAACCUCCUGCGCUUCUGGCAGUGUCACUACCUCAACAAGGACAAAGACAGCACCUGUUUGGAGAAUAGCUCAUGUAUCCCCUUCAGCUUCUGGAAGGAGACAGUGUCGGUCUUACUGGGCUCAGACAGGACUUCUCUGUGUGCCAUAGCCAGCUACAUCGACGAGCCCUUUAUGGAUCUGGACAGAGAUCUGUUGGACGAUUGACUGCCAACGAGUGCACAAUGCGCUGCGCUUUGGAGAGGGUUCCGGGGGUCGCGGGUAACGCGGGCGCCCGACGUUACUGUGGACUCCCUUGAGCUGAGCCAUCGAGGCGCCCGCUGGCUCACCUGUCUGCUCAACAUCAGCCUAAGCCCGACCCCGGCUGCUAUCUUUCCGCUACAAAGAAAGAGGCCCCACCCCGUAUCGAGCCGACGCUAUGACAAUGUAUGGACCUUUGGAAAUUACUCCUGUGUUGAUUGUUUGCUUUAGUUGGAACAAAAUAGCCUUUUUAUAUAAUCUUUACAAAAUGCUAUUAAAUGAAAGACUUUACACAGCCAACCAGAUGUGCAUCUAAAGGCUGCGUUCACGCCCACACAAGCUCUGUCCUUCAGUACAACUCCAUGGCCUCAAGGGGGAACGGAACAUCUUCUCAGCGGACAACAUCUUAAUUUCCUCUCACUUUCCUUGUCUCCGUUCAUAGGUGAUGACUGUUGAUUGGUGCUUUCUUGCCAGACCAGCACAUUUAUUUUUCGCGGGGCUCUUUGUUUAAAAUCCUCCGUUCUGUCGAAGCUUCCUAAGCUUCUCCUAGGGAUAUUUUUUUGUCUUGUUAAAAACAAUGGCUUUUAGCUCCGGAUUAACUGUAGAAUAAAAUGCUGCACAGAUCCAUUUGUUUUUAUUGUGUAUCAUAACCUUUUUGUUGAUUAAACAUUUUCUUUUUGUAACAGAAUUUGUAUGGUUGUUGUGAGAGAUGCUUUGGGAAGAGAAUAAACUAUGCAGGCACUAGA